AAUAACUCUUGAAUUGUCCAGCGCAUCAUGUGAGAUUGACUUAGGACCAGAUGCAAAUGGAUCAACUGCACUGCAUAAGGCGGCAGAGAUAGGUGAUGUAGAAAUGGUCAAGAAGCUGCUUAAGGCUGGUGCAGAUACGAGAUUUCAAGAUCGGGGAGGUCAGACGCCCAUCCACAAUGCUUUGGACCAUGUGGGAUCUUCAAAAAACUGCUUCGUGGAGAUAGCAAAUCUCAUCAUAGAUGUGGAUGGCAAAAACGAAGUUCAGGACAAUAAUGGGAUGACUCCCUUGCAUUUUGCAGCGGAGAAUAAUUGUGUAGAAAUAGUAUCAAAGCUGCUUGCCGCUGGCGUAAGUACGCGUAUCCAAAAUCAAUCUGGCUGGACUCCCCUUCAUGUGGCUCUGAAAAUUAUGAAGGAUGACGCAGCAGAGGUCCUGAUUCAGGCUGACAAUAAAAUUGACAUUCAGGACCAAUAUGGACUGUCUCCGUUGCAUUUAGCCGCAAAUAGAGGGAGUCCUGAAAUAGUCAGAAAUCUGAUUGCAGCUGGCGCAAACGUGCGACGCCAAGAUGUUGGUGGAAAGACGCCCCUCCACUUGGCUCUCAGUUUGGGGUUCAGUGAAGUGUCGAACAUUCUCGUAGAUGUGGACUCGAAAAACAACAUUCAAGAUAAAUCAGGGGAGACUCCCCUAUACCUUGCUACGUUGAACAGGGACAUCGAAAUUGUGAGGAAGCUGUUACUUGGUGGCGUGCAGCCACAAGCGGUUGACAUUCUCAGUGCCUAUAGACCCGAAAGUAGAGUUGUCCUUGAAAUGAUUCUAUCGUCUUGUGCAUGGCGGGACAUAACUAUCGACUGGGAAGGCUGUCCUCUUGACUCGGAUGAAAAAGAGUGGCGCAUGACGUUUCUCUCAGAAUGUUUAGCCGAGAUAAAUUGCAUGAAAGCAAAGAUACCUGCAACCUCCGUCUCCUUCCAUGAUCUUGCUAAGGAAUCUGUAAUCAAAGUUGCGCGCUAUCUUGAAAACGAAAUGGUGCAAAAAUUUUUGCAUUGCAAUAACGUUGCACUGCUUUUUCCGCAUUAUGCCAGUCUAUUUAGUGACCAGUUGGGGCAGGCGGAGGAGAGAAGAGUUUUGACUGCUCAGUGUUGGGACUGCUUUGCUGCCCUUUCCCAGAAAUGGCCUCUCCUUCCGGCCACGACUGUCGACAACAUCUUAAGUUGCUUUAGUGCAAAAGACAUGCAAAAUUUUGUCCACGCUUUCAAAGUUAAUCCUUGA